AUUCCCCCUUUUCUAUUUUCAUGGUUUUCUUCCCAGAAUUCAUUUUGCUAUGAAAACAACGGCUUGGGUGUCGCUCAACCUCACACACCGCAGUCAAUUCUUGGUUGUAUUGAUUGUAAGUUGAUCUAGUGAUGGCUUUCGCUGCGGUGGUUUCUGUUGAGCAGAUUCUUCAGCAACUCUUGCAUUCUGAUGAAGAUUAUCCCAAGUCAGAAAUCAAGGCUUUCCAUGUCAAGAUCCGUUCCUUGCAAUCGUUUCUUGAAAAGAUCUAUCCCGUCAGAAGAAGCAUAAGAGAUGAGGUGAAUGAACUGGAAUCCAAAAUCAGGGACACAGUCUACGAAGCCCAAGAUCUCAUUGAAGCCUUCAUCUCUAGCCACAACAACUCUCCAUCCGUUUUCCUUGAAAACUUGAAGGAAAACGCAGGGAAGCUCGAUCCAAUCGUGGCCAAGGCAAAGGAAAUAGCCGAUUCUAUGAAAGUGGAGCAGCAACCGUCGCCUGCAAAAUUUAAAACUUCCAAAUCCAGCCGAGCGAGCAAGAGUUGGAAGAUCGUGGGGCAGGACGAAGAUUUCAGAAAGCUCAGGUAUGAGAUCCUGAAUAAAACACCAGAUCGUCAGGUAAUCCCGAUCACGGGGUUACCUGGCAUCGGAAAAACCACUCUGGCUAGAAGUAUUUUUGAGGAUAGAGACGUAGUUGACAGAUUCGCCAUCCGAUCGUGGGUGACCGUAGGUCAAGAGUAUAAUGCUGGGGAAAUCUUCUUAAAGCUCUUGGCUUCAAUCGAGAGCAAAGGCCAAAAGAGUGAUGGUUCAGAUUCCACGAAAGUGAGCCCUGGGAAUGCUGAGCAAAUAGCUCUUCAGUUGUAUAAUAGUUUGCUCGACAAUAGGUAUCUCAUUGUGGUAGAUGAUGUGUGGGAUACUGUUGUGUGGGACAGAAUUAAGAACUAUUUUCCAGAUAACAAGAAUUGCAGUCGCAUAGUUGUGACUACUAGAAUGGAUAAGAUUGCUGGGAAAGUUAAGUCCGAUUUCAGUCAUCAGAUGCAACCGUUAAACAAAGAAACAAGUUGGGAUUUGCUGCGUGAGAAGGUGUUCGGAGAUGGGCAUUGCCCUCCCAAUCUGCUGACUAUAGGGAGGAGCAUUGCAGAGCAUUGCGGCGGUCUCCCACUGUCAAUCACGGUGGUUGGCGGCCAACUCUCCCAGGAAAUGGAGACUGUGGAGUAUUGGGAGAUUGUUGAAGAGGAUACAAAAGCUGCUGCUAAAUCAGAGAGAGAGACCUACUUAGAGAUUUUGUCACGAAGCUACGAGCACUUGCCUGCUAGAUUGAAAGGGUGUUUCCUUUACAUGGGCGCUUUCCCUGAAGACAGUGAGAUUCUUGUAUCCAAGCUCGUGAAGCUAUGGGUUGCCGAAGGAUUUCUGAUACAAACUAAAUCAUUAUCUUUUGAAGACAGUGCUGAGCAGUGUCUGAAUGAUCUUGUUGACAGGAAUCUGGUAUUCCCUCUCAAGUUCAGUUCAAGCGGCAGAGUUAGGAGUUGUGGCAUGCAUGAUAGCAUUCGGCAUCUUGCAGAGACCAAGUCCGAGGAGGAGAGGUUUUUUGUCUCUGUUAAGAAGUUUCCCAGUCAAAGAAACCAGUCUCGUGGAGAAAUUGCAGAUGCUCUAAGAGGUAAAGAUACUCAGAGGCGUUUAUCUGUUCAUAAAAACAUUCUAAUGUGCAUGGAAGAUGUUUACGAAUCUGCCAAAGCUAUCAAAUCUGGACGUACUCUUCUUUAUGCUGGCCAUUAUCAUCAUCACCCCUUACCUUUCUGUCUCACUUAUGACUGGCUUAGGGUGUUGGAUGCCCUUACUGUCCAUUUGAUUGAGUUUCCAAGUGAAUUGGUUGAACUUAUUCAUUUAAGGUAUCUUUCUUUAACCUACAAUGGGAGGCUUCCUGCAUCACUGUCCCAACUCAAGAAUCUUCUGGUUUUGAUUGUUCGUCGACAUCCCAAGAUCAUAAUCAUGAAAAAAUCCAUUCUGCCGGUGGAAAUCUGGUACAUGAAACAGCUGAGACAUAUCCUGCUGACAGAAUGUGACUUCCCUGAUGUCCCGGGAAUUCAAGGAGGGAACUCUCCCCUGCUUGAAAACCUUCAAUCUCUUUCGAACAUCAAUGCGUCCCGUUGCAGCGAAGAGUUCUUCAAAAACAUGCCUAACUUGAAAAAGUUGGGAAUUUGGAUUGAAGCACCGGGUCCUGUAAACAUGUAUCUGGAUCAUCUUCCAGACCUUGAAGCUUUCAAGUUCACAGUGCUGAAUCCCAUCCCUGGUAAAGAGAUUGAGUUGCAGAGGAGUCUUGUUUUCCCAGAAACACUGAGGAAGUUGAGCUUAAGUGGAUGUGGACUUCCGUGGGAUCGCAUGGCGGAUAUUGGAAAACUCCCAUGUCUUCAAGUGCUGAAACUGCGGCAGUUCGCCUUCCAAGGGCCAGAGUGGAUCCCGGAGGAUAAACAAUUUCCUGAGCUCAAGCUGUUGCUGAUUGAAUGCUUGGACUUGGAGUACUUGAAUGUUGGUUUUUUCUGCUGCGAGAACCUCGAGAGCCUAAUUAUCAAGAACUGCUAUGAACUGAAGGAGAUUGAUGAGGAGCUUGCAAGCAUAGGAACACUUAAACAGGUUGAAUUGGUGGGGUGCAAUUAUGUUGCUGUUGAUUGCGUUGAGAAGAUGAGAGAAGAACGGAGGGACAGUGGAAAGGACCUGCCUCUUCGCGUCUAUUCUUCAUGGGGAAAAGAAUCUUCGCCACACGAUUGCUGACAGAGGGGACUUGGUGGUAUGACUGGGACGUUUUGUUAUCAGACUUUGAUGGUAAGGCAUCAUGGCUGAAUGUGAAGUUUAGUUUGAGCGUAGAAACUGAAUGUGAAUGCUUGCACAGUUGCACCUUUUUUCACUCUGGUUUUCUUUUGAGCGUAGAAACUGAAUGUGAAGUUUGUAUCCUAUUAUGUGUUUCCUGUAAACCAGACUUGGUGUAUAUAGUACAAUACAUAUUUCUGAUCCAAA